AAAGUUUUCUACGACUUAGUUCACUUCGCCCCUCCCCGGCCACCGGCAGGCAUUUAUAGCCCGCAAAAAAGGGGCUUGAUCCCGCAGUGAAGCACUUGUGGCUCAGCGCUUCUUCAGGGGAGGAAUCACGCCCAUCUACUACUCAUCAACACACACAAAAACCUAGCCCCUCUUUUUGCCGUCGUCGGUUAUAAAGUGCCCCGGCUCUUCUUUUUCUUUCCAUUUGAUUUUUGAAGCAACUUUCCAGAACAACCAAAAAGCAGUCGUGGCACAAACCAGCGCUCGUCGCAGUGCAGCCUGCUCGUUCCUCCAUGAAAGAAGGAGUGCACCAGCAAAUUUGGGGAAACGACGACAUGUCUGCGACCGUCUUGUCCGCCUUCUACGACAGGGACAUGCUUUACAAGGAUAAAAGCACGAACAUGAACGCCCUCCACAUCAACAGCAUGCUGGACAGAAAGGCGGUGGGAGCCCCGGUCACCUCUGCGGGCUCCGGUGGCCCGUUCGCGCCGGGAUUUUUCCGGCGAAACUCCACCAGCAACGUGGACGCGCUGAACAACGGCAACAAGUACACCGUGAGCUCCUCUUACAGCAGUCUGAAGGAGAACACGCCGAGCGGAACGACCACGCUCAUGAACAAGGAAAACAAGUUCCGCGACCGCGCGUACAGCGAGAGCGGAGAGCGGGCCGUGCUGCAGCAGAAGGCCGGCUCUCAGAUCAACUCCACCCGCUACAAGACCGAGCUGUGCCGGCCCUUCGAGGAGAACGGCUCGUGCAAGUACGGCGAGAAAUGUCAGUUCGCCCACGGCUACCACGAGCUGAGGAGCUUGUCCCGCCACCCCAAGUACAAAACGGAGCCGUGUCGCACGUUCCACACCAUCGGCUUCUGUCCCUACGGUCCCCGGUGUCACUUUAUCCACAACGCCGACGAGCGCCGGCCCGCCCCGGCCGCCAACGCCAACGUGCAGGCGGGGGAGGCCCGCGGCUACGGCCAAAGGGACGCCCUGCCCCCUCAGCAGCAGCAGCAGCUCUGCUACACCCACCGGGACAGACCAAAGCUUCACCACAGCCUGAGCUUCUCCGGCUUCUCCAGCCACCACGGCCUGGACUCCCCGCUGCUCGAGAGCCCCACGUCGCGGACCCCACCGCCGCCCGCUUCCUGCUGCAUGUCCUCCUCCAGCUUCUACGACGACGUGCUGUCGCCCAACUCCGUGGCUUGCAUCAACAGUGCCUUCAACUUCCCCGGGCAAGACCUCAAGACUUUGCUGGCCCCGCUGGCCGUGCACACCAGCGGCGGCUACUCCAACAACCACUCGGCCGGCGGCGGCGCUCACUACGGCGGCGUGCAGGGCGGCAUGUGCCCCCCGUCGCCUCCCGCCUACAACAUGAGCCACUUGCAGGCGCUGCGCCGUCUCAGCGAGUCGCCGGUGUUCGAGCCUCCCCCCAGCCCGCCAGACUCGCUCUCAGACCGGGAGAGCUACGCCAGCGGCUCCCUCAGCUCCUCCGGGAGCCUCAGUGGCUCCGAGUCUCCCAGUCUGGACGCCGGGAGGCGUUUGCCAAUCUUCAGCAGGCUGUCGAUUUCAGAUGACUGAGCGCGUUUUUUUGUGUGCGUGUGUGUCGUGGAUUAUGUUCAGCGGCUUCCACCCUGCUGAAGUGCCUCUGAGCAACGAGACAUUGAAUCUCUGCCAGCUGAAGGGGUGGUGGUCCUGCUCUGACCUCCCUGGUGGGGGGCAAGUGAGGAAAGUUCCACCCAUGGGGAUCAAUAAGUGUCCUUAACCUGGCAUUAGAUUACUAUGCCCCCACCCCCCACCCUCUUUUCUUUCUUUCUUUCUUUCUCUGUAAUAUAGCUGUAUUAAAAGUUGAGAUAGCAAACAGAAGGCAUUCCAUCAGUGCCUUGCCCAAGGGCUCAUGCCAGCCCCUCUUCCGUUUUUUUUUUUUUUUUUUUUUGCUCUUAUCAGGUGAGUCACACUUUUCCUUGGAUUAGAUGACUUGACAAGAAGAAGAGACUUUAAAAGCGAGUCGAUUUCCUCCCAUCCUGCCAAGAAUAUGCCUUGACUCUGCGACAAUUUUUUUUUUUCCUUUUUCAAUGCUUUUGUUUUUUUUUUUUCUUCUCUUCAACUUCCAUUCCAUGUUUUCUCGUAGCGCCACUCAGUGGUUAGGUUGGUUGUUGUAGUUGCUUGGUUGAAAAGCACUCUCGAGUUGGGUUUGUUUGGGGGAAGUCACUGCUGAUGGUUGAAUAUGUAUUUUUUUAGCUGUUAUGAGUGAUUUGCAUAGCAGUGCAUAACUGGCUAUGGACUAUUUAACUUAUUUAUUAUCUUGUGAAACAAGUAUAGGCUACAUUGGUAAUUUGUGUCCAUACUAUAUUUAUCAAGUAUGAUGAAGCAAUAGAUCUAUAUUCUUUUAUGUUUAAAUUAUGAUUGCCAUUAUUAAUCUGCAUAAAGUGGAGUGUAUGUUCUUUUCACAGUAAUAUAUAUUGUUUUCUCCUUUUUUUGUAACUUCACUUGGUUAUUUUUUAUUGUAAAUGAGUAAAAAAAAAAAAUCUUAAUUUAAGAGGACGUAUGUGAUAUUUAUUUCAUUAAUUUUGUUUCCAUGUUUACGUUUAUUAAAGUUUGCAUAAUUGCUGUUUGCUUCUGAGCUUGUGUGUGUCAAUGCUAUAGAAGGCUUUUUUUUUUUCUUAUGAGAAUCCCUAUUUAGAUGAUUCUGUAGAAUGUAAACACAAUGUGGUUGUAUAGACCGUCCAAAACUUGUUUUAUUUAGAUCAGCAACAAAGAAUCCAAGUCAAUAAAUUAACCAAAAAGUAUUUUUUUUUUCUUUCCUCUGUUUGCACGAGGUCACACUGUGAUUCCAGCCACGUGCUUAAGAAUGUAGCAAUCCCAUGUGCCCCAGUAUUAUUGUGUAGUGCCUGUGGGGCUCACCAACAUGACAUGCCUUUAAAAUUAACCAAAUAAAGUAUUUUCCUUACAUGGCAUCUUUGAUACGCAGGUUGAAAUGAAUGUAGUUUUGGAUUCUAUUUUUUACUAAAAGUUGUUUCCGCUCAGAUUUUCUGACAACAACCAUAACCUCUCUUAGUCCCCUUUCCUCCUUAUUUGAUUUUCCUAUUUGCUCUGCUUUUCUUUCUUUUGAUAUCAAAAUCUAGUCUGAGUGUUGUUUGCUGCAGAGGGAAGUGGUUGAAUAUGUCUGGUUUGUACAUAGUAGGUACAGGGGGAUGCGCACUAUGUACUUUUGACUACUUUAUCAGAAGUAAAGCUUUUUGAAUGUAAUAAAUGGACAAAGACAA